AUUGAAAAAAAGUGAACAUUAAGUAUCAUAAAUAAGAAAAGUAUCCUGUAAAAUCAUUUAGAAAGCACUAAGUCUAAUUAUCUAUCAGGCAGAGAGUAAGAAUGUCUAUAAGAUAUCUAUUAGAUUAAUGCAACAGUGAUGCGUUCUUAGUGCUUUUACUCGCGUGUUUCAUCAGUCUUAAUUGGACUGGAGUACCUACUGUAAUAAAUGAUAAGAAAAUGGCAUCUUCUAACGCGGAGUUGCAAGAGAGAUGCAAGCUGUACUACAAGUUUACGAAGGUGCUGACCCUGAAGGUGGCUCAGAUAGUGGUUCAGAGCAGGCAGGGCAAGAAAAUAACCCACGAGUGUAAUGCUAAGCUACCGGACAAUGGAUUGGACUCUUCACCGCAGUGGUUUAAUCUAUCGAUUCCUGAUGAACCAGGAGUCACUGAGGAUACGAAACGCGUUCUGAACGGAGAAGUGGUAGAUGCGCUGGCUAAAGUACUGUGCAUUGAGAUAUCAUUACACACUGUCGAUGGUGAUGACAUGGUGUUAGAGUUAUGGACGGUGAAACUGGUCCCGGGCAGCGAAGUCUGCUCCCCGUCGACGGUUUACUACCGCAUGAGCGUCAUGCUCAAGUCCACACUGACAAUAUCCAGGAUCACCCCCGCUUAUAAGCUGUCUCGCUCGCAGCACAACGAGUCAUACAAAAUCUCACACAAGAUUUAUGGAGGCGAACCUGACUAUGAUGUCUUAGGUGAAAAGCGCAAGACCGUGAAAGUGAGCGAGCUGCACACACCGAUCGGGACUUUGAUGAUAGAAGUCGUGUACAGAACGAAGAUGACUAUAAUGCCGGUCGCCCGGCAGAAGAUUGAGUACGAGACAGCAUCAGCUACUACUGGGAUUAUGGUCAAGAGUGACCACUUCUACACGGAGAGCCCCAAGAAGCAUCGUAAUGAGAAGAAGGAGUUGGACCUGUCCAAGCCAUUGACGGCGGGGGCGUUCGUGGACACGCAGAAGAUCCAGGAGCUACACGACACGCUGAGCCAGCAGCUGCCGCCGGAGCCGCCGAUGGCCUGGCUCCUCGCCGAGAAGGAGAAGAUGGAAAACAAAAUGAAAACGCUGACGACGUCUGACUACGAGAACGCGAACAAGCCGAGCUGCAGCACGAGCGCGCCCAGCUCGUCCGCGCACGCCGUCAGCAAGGCUAUCGAAGUGCCAAAACCGAAGAACGGAGACAAAUACUCGGGACUCAUGGAGUUUCCCUUCGCCGACGGUAGUCCGAUAGCAGAACUAGCGAACUUCUACCAGGAGUGUUUGCAGGCGAGGUCGAUCAGCGGCGAGUGGACGGACCUGGUGAUCGAGGCCUCCGCAUCAACGGACUCGGAGUCCCUCUCCCGCCAGCUCAAGAUGUUCGAGGACGCAGUACCGGAGUUCGACAACAUGGUGGCCUCCAUGUUCAGCAACUCCGAGGGCUCUGACCGCUCCUAGACUGCACGUAAGACUGUAUAAACUGGUUAUUAUCACUAAUAUUAAACAUUAAAUCUUAGCGAUUUUAUAGGGAAUGCCUAACUUGUUUCCGAUUCAGAGGGUGUAAGCAUAAAUAUAUAGGUUUUCGGUCCCGAAGUUUCAGUAGAACAGGUCGGUACAGAUAAGUACGGGUCGAGAUACGUUAUAAAUACAAAUAAACGUGUUCUUAGUCACCAUCCUGCCUUUAAAUUAAAUGUACAGAUCCCUGCAGAUAAUAGGUUUUGACCAGUUUUAGUAUAAUUCUUUACAAUCAGGAAAACUUGUUCCAAUCGGAAAAAAUCAGUACCGACCUGUCUUUACUAGCCGCCUGCUUCUUUAUGUUUAUCGCCUAACUUGCGCAAGCGAAGCGUCGGCUCGAUGCCCGAUCAAUUCCAAAUUCCGUAGCAGCAUCACUUAACUUGCAAAAGCGAUGUAACAACAAAAGUUUUACGUCCCGACAUAAUACGAUUUCUAAUUCAUGCCUACGUCAAUUUGGCAGCGAUACGGUAAAAUUGUCGCUAUUGCGUUUUUAUGUUAGUAAAUACCGCUACGGUUUAACUAACGCUGUAUUGUCGGCUAUGCCUGCGCCCCACUUGUUCAAGUUCUUUAAGAACCUUUUUAGACCAUAUUUUAAUGUUUAAUAUUAGCUUGAAAGACUGUAUGAAUGUUCUAGACUAAGAUUCCUAACGCAGUGCGAAUACAAUUAUGUUACAUUGA